AGCCCCGCUCCCCGCCCGCAGCCGGCGCUGAGCCCCCGCCGCAGCACCCACCCUGUCACCAUGCACUCUCUGGAGGAGCCGCUGGACCUCAAGCUGAGCAUCUCGAAGCUGCGAGCUGCCCGGGAGAAGCGGGGGGCUCCUGGCCCCCGGCCCCGUGCUCCCCAGCGCCCAGACACCCUGCCAACCGGGGAUGGCCGAGGGGGGGACCGAGGGGGUCGCCGGACCGUGCCAGCCUCGCUGUCCCCAGGCCUGCUGUCCCGCUCCAGGCUGGUGGAGCCACGGGAUGGACAGUUCCCAGCCGUGCCGGUGGUGGAUCUCAGCCUCUCGCCCCGCUCUGGUGAGGACUCUCCGGCUGGCAGCACCUCACUAUCCCCUGAGCGCCAGGGCAGCGGGGACCUGCCCGGACCCCUCACCCCCCACGAUUUCCAGUCCCUGCGCUACAUUGAUGGCCUUCCCAGCUCCUUCCAGUUCUUCUUGCCACUGGGCGCAGGGGGGGCCCUGCACCUGCCCCCGGCUGCCUUCCUGCCCCCCAGCAAGGAGAAGCGUCUCCCCUCUGAACUGCCCCUGCCCAAGCAGCUCGUCUGCCGCUGGUCCAAAUGCAACCAGUUCUUUGACCUCCUGCAAGACCUGGUGGACCAUGUUAACGACUUCCACGUCAAACCCGAGAAGGACGCGGGGUACUGCUGCCACUGGGAGGGCUGUGCCCGCCAUGGCAGAGGCUUCAAUGCCAGGUACAAGAUGCUGAUCCACAUCCGGACGCACACCAACGAGAAGCCACAUCGCUGCCCCACCUGCAACAAGAGCUUCUCCCGCCUGGAAAACCUGAAAAUCCACAACCGCUCACACACAGGUGAGAAGCCCUACAUCUGCCCCUACGAAGGCUGCAACAAGCGUUACUCCAACUCCAGCGACCGCUUCAAGCACACCCGCACGCACUACGUGGAGAAGCCCUACUCCUGCAAGAUGCCGGGCUGCCACAAGCGCUACACCGACCCCAGCUCCCUCCGCAAGCACAUCAAGGCCCACGGCCAUUUCGUCUCCCCCGAGCACUCGGAGAUGCUCAAGGUCCACCCGCCUCCCAAAACACCCCUGGGGCCGGCAGAGGUGCCCUACAUGAACGGGGGGGCACAGCUCGUCAUCCCCAACCCCGCCGCCCUCUUUGCCCCCCCGGGGUUGCCGGCCUUGCCCAUCCCCUUAGCCCCGGCACCGCUCGACCUCAGCGCCUUGGGCUGCGGGGCUGCCGGCGCCCUGCCCGCCCUGCCCGGCCCCGUCCUGCCCCUCAACGGUGGCCCCUUGAACUUGACCAAGAGCCCGCUGCUGCCCUCGCCCUUCGCGGCGGGGCUGGGGCUGCCCGUCAUGUCGCUGCUGGCCGGCGGGGCCAAGGCCGAGGGGGAGAAGGGCGGCGGGGCCGAGGGGCGGCUGCCCAAGGCAGGCAAGGGGCCGGAGUGCCGGAAGGAGAGGGGCGAACGGACGGAGCCGGGGCGGCCGCGGGGUCCCCCCGAGAGCCUGGCGCUGCUGCCCGGCGCCGUGCUUGACCUCUCGGCCGGCGUGGGCUCGGGGGGCAGCCCUGAGGCGCUGCCGCCGGGCUGGGUCCUCAUCCCCCCCGGCUCCCUGCUGCUCAAACCCGCUGCCGUCAACUGAGGACCACGACGAUGCCCGGGGCCGGGUGCCGGCCCGGCGGGCAGAUCCCGCUCCCCAAGGGCUGUGGGGGGGGGGGGAUCACCCCCUCGCCCCCAGCCCUGCAGCUCCCCCCAGCCCCGGCGGGGCCUCGCUCGCGCUUUUAACCCUCACGAAAGAAGAACGGACUCUUCUGAGAAAAGCAAUAAUCCCUCAGCGGGGUGGGGGAGCAGCCCUGGGGGCACGGAGGGGGGGUUCCCCCCUGCCCCGGGCAGAUGGAGACACCGCUAUUUAUUUCUUGACCAUCCGCCUGCUCUGACGGGGCCCCACUCGGGCUCAUCCGCCGCCACCGACUCGGCGUCUCCCUGCCCGGGGUCUCGGUGCUGCCGUGGGGAGGCCGCAGCCCCCCGCCGCGGGGACAGCGGAGGGACAGCUCGGGGACCCUGGCUGGCACGGCUGCGGGCAGCGCUGCGGUCCCUGCCGUGCCAGGCCCAGCUGGCUGGGCACACGCUGGCCCGGUGCUCGCCCGCGUCCCUCCCGCUCCGUGGCCACCCGCGUCCCCGCCGCCUCCCCGGCCCCCCUCGUGACAAGGCACACGGCCCCGUGUGCCGCUCGCCGCGCUGCUCCGUGCCGGGGCAGAGCCACCCUCCUUAGCUACGUUCAUACCCAACCAUGUGCCGCCAGCACACGCGGGCAGCGCCGGCAGGACCGCGGGCACCGGCACGGCUGCUGCCAGUGCUGGGCUGGGGACACCCCCUCCUGGGGACACCCGUCCUGGGGACACCCCCUCCUGGGGACAUGCCAGCUGCCCCAGCAAGGGUCCCCAGUGACCUCCCUGGGGCACGGGGCAGUGUGCCCUGCAGAGCCUGGAGCCUACACCAGGGGUCUCACAGACCUCCUGCUGCCCGGCAGGACCCCUGCCCGUGGCUUUCUCCAAAACGGGGGGGGUCUCCCCGACCCUGCCCUGCAGGGAGCCGGUCUCCCUGCCCUCACCUUUGUGGGGGUGUGGGUCUGGGUACGGUGGCACUGCCACAUCCCCAGCGUGGCCAUGGGACAUGGACCAGGCCAUCUGGCCAGUGCACGCUGUCUGUCCCCUCGCUCCUCCGUCAGUUUGUUGUUGCACAUUCCAGGACAUCAGUAUUUUAACGGUCUCCAAGUGCCUUUUCUAUCGUAGUUUCUGGGUUGUUUUUUUAUUUUCCUCCUGUUGGGCUCCAUCGCUGUUAGCGUAGCGUUAAGGACUGCAGAAGUAAGAGAUAAGCUAACGACUAUAACACUACGUUCCUCCAGGGGAGAGGAAGUUUAUUAAGAAAACAAUAAAGUGAAGUUGAAGUAA